AUGCUCACGUCACAGCUGUUCGGACUGAUAUGCUACGUGCUCACUUACGUGCGGUACGUGAGAGAUAACUCAUUGUCGAACGUGAUACUCUCGGUUCUGGUCGUGGUCAUAUCCCAAGUCCUUCAUCAGAUGGUCACUAUGUACUACAAGAAAUCUCAAAGGGCAGAUCAAGGGCAGGAGCAGCAAGACGAGCUGUCCACUAUCUUCAAGAUUCUUCUCAAAUGUCUGAAGUACUUUCAAGCUAUAUUUGCCGUGCAAUUCGUGGCAGCCUUGCUGUACCACUCAACUCUGGACAUCGAGAAAGACGUGUGUUCUUGGAAGCAAGGUUACAUUUUCACCGACAUCAUCGGGGAGUUUGAUUGCGGACGGGGUGGAAAGUGGGCGCUAUUCGCUCUAGACACAGCUCUCUUGCUGUGCCAGCUUCUCACGUUCAAUGAGUGCUUCACAGUGAGCGGAAGGGAUCCCAGCGAAACCGUACGAGAGGCGAGCAUGGAGGGCUUCAACCCUCAUGAAUUUGGUGUCCUCAGCAUCCUUCGAUUCGACUCGUUCGGCGUCCACGACCAGGAACUGGUGUUCACCAGCGAGCAAAACCGCUUGGGCUCGCAGGCCAACAAAGUACGCUACGGGAGCGUUUUGACACGUGAUUUAUAA